AUGAGAUGUUUAUUGCUCACACAGUAUCGUCUGUAUCACCCCAGCCUCCACAAAGAAUCUACUUUUAUUUCUGAUGACUUGAUAGGUGAUAGUGGGACUGGAAUCAUGGUUUGGUUUCUUUUGACUUACUGUACCAUAUAGAAACUCAAGUUCACCACUAUAUCAACCCCCUUGGAGUUCGUUCGGCACAGGUAUCGAGUAAACCAACCAACCAACCUCUUCCAUGGCUUCUAAUUUUGUUCUCGAUGUAUGGGGAUGGAUAACCAAUCUUCCCCCAUUCUCUCGAUGGAGUACAAACACCAUGUGUCUCUGCAUCUGCACUUCGAAAUCGACAAAGACUUCGUUGAAGCUCUCGAUCAUCAAAAGCCCCCAAAACCAAAACCCAUUUGUCUCCUUCACUAUCUUUGCAGAUUUCCACAUGCCUAUAUCCCUUUGGACCUCAAACCCCAUCCCCCUUAAAAGCUCUGCACAAAUUUCUUUGACCGAAGCCGAAGCUGUUCAUCUUUUCUUUGACAUACUAAACACGGUUUUCAGUUAUGGCCCCUCUAAGAGAUCCUCCUUCAGGCGCUCUCAAGUAAAAGUCGAAGAGAACUUCAGGGAUGUCCUCAAUCUUUCAUUUCUCACUCUUACUUUUCUGAUUUGCAUCUACGAAGCCCCGUAUGACCUCCGUUGUGGAUGUCUCGACGUUUUGAGGCUUCAGCUAUCGAAUCCGACUUGCAGAGACGCAUUAAAACUUCUCGUACGGAUGCUUGGUUCCAACCUCGAAGAGCAAUGGAUGAGAUCAUUAAACCUCGGCAUGACAAACUGGAUGGUAGAGCUUCAGUCUUUAAAUCAGUCGGUCAGAGCAAUAUCACCAUUGUUUUCAUAUGCUCUCUCUGCAAGUGGCCUAUGGAAAGUACAGGUAUAUUGCCCAGUCAUAGCCAUGAGCCUCGAAGAUCCCAGCGCUACCACACAAGACGAACGCUUGCUCUUCUCUUUGAGAUAUCAGCAGCUCGAAGCUGUGAUACAACUUGCCUACAAGGUUAUCGUAAAACAAAACUGGAUUGACAUAGUGGUGACCGUCGAUAACAUAAGAUGUGAUGUGAUCUCCCUGGUAUCCGAGACUCUCAUGGAUGAGCGAGGCUAUGGUUCCGGAGAGAAGCAUUUCCCUUCUCGAAUAUCUCUGCAAGUCACCCCGACCCAUCAAUCAGAUGUGGUGUCGGUUUCGGUAAGCAAAUCUUCCGAUAACCCUACUCAAGAAAUUGGACUCGAAAAGGCGCUUGAAGGGGCAUUUGAACCCCCUGGUACUUACCUGGGUCUCAGAGUCUCAACCACAGAAACAGUCACAGUAAGUGUGAAACCUUGGAAAUUUGAGCAAUCGGUUCAUGGAGCCAGCGGCAAGUUGAAUUGGUUUCUUCAUGAUGGGAUGAAUGGCAGAGAGGUCUUCUCUUCCAAGCCAUCAAAGUUCUCACUGCUCCAGCCAAAGGCAUGGUUUAGAGAUCGAUACUCGAGUGUCUACAGGCCCUUCACGAAAGAAGGAGGGGUGAUCUUUGCGGGCGACGAGUAUGGGGAAAGUGUCUGGUGGAAGGUGGGUGCAGGAGCCUUCGGAAAGACCAUGGGGUGGGAAAUCAAAGGCACGAUUGGCAUAACCUACUGGCCCAACAAGCAAAGAAGCUUUUACAGUGAAACAAGGAAUUUGCAGUUCAAAGAGCUAAUUUAUCUUAACCUUCCUAAAGCAGUAUAGCAUCCAAGAGUAAUGGAAGAAGCCUAUCCCUAACACAAAGAAGCAUGUUGCUGGCUCGUAAUAUGACUACUUUAUUUUCCCUUCAUAAAACAGCAUGGUAUUUAGAGCAAUGCACCCCAUAUGUACAUCCAUAAUACUAAGUGCAUGUUGGUGUCUUGUGGUAUCGGUCUGAAACGACUAUCAUCAAUUACUAAUGUGAAUUCUGAGCUCAUCAAACUGAUUAUGGGAA